AUGGUUCGCUGGCCACCAGCUGUACAAAGAAGAAGGCCUGGCCUUCCACCAAAGGUGCUGAGUGGAAGACCUUGCUGGGAGUCAAAACCUCCAGCAGCGGAGAGCCCGCGUGGCUUCCAUUUCUUCAGAGUAAUCUUUCAAAAGAUGAUUGAAGACAAGAAACUGCGGAUUCCUUUAAGGUUAUUUGUUAAGAGGGUAGGAUCAGCAGAUCAACUUUCUGAUAUGGCAAGACUUUGUGUUCCUAAUGGAAAUGAAUGGCAAGUUAAGGGAAGUUCUUGUUUUCAUGUUAUUAUCUUUGAUCGAUCUACUUCUGAGAUAACUGAGUAUGGAAAAAAUGAAGACAAAACCAAGUAUAAGAAUCAUGAGACAGAAUGUGAUGAUUUUAGAAAGAGGACAAUGUUGGAUCAAACAAGAAGGAAAAAGCCUAGGACUGACAAUGAGAUGGCCAGCUCAUGCAAGAAUAAUAAGAACAAAGAAAAAAUGGAAGUCUGUUGCAGUAAGCAAUACCUGAAAUUUUCUAGAAUACAAUCACUGUCUAAAGAAGGCAGGAAGAAAGCAAUUCUUGCUGCUGAUACGUUUGAGCCCAUAAACCCUGCCUUUAAGGUUCUCUUGCGAUCAUAUAACUUCGAGCGGAGUAUGUUGCUGGUGCCAAGUAGCUUUGCUUCAAAGUACAUGACUAGGGUUUAUGAAGAAGCAGAAUUUGUGUGUCCUGAUGGAAGAAAGUUCGGAGUUAGAAUCAGUCUCUGGGGUCCUGGCUUGGCUUUUGGAAAGGGAUGGGCUGCAAUUUCUCAACACAUUAUGUUGAAAGAAGGAGAUGUUGUGAUGUUAGAGCUGAUCAAUAGUUUUAUUGGUUAUCUGUUUAAAAUCAGAGUGUUCCGAUCAUGA